AUGAGCUCCCACGUCGUGUCUGGGAGUACACCCCUCCCGCCCGCCAUCCUGCGACAAAUCGCCACCGCCGGCACUCUCGACGAGAUCUCGAACAUGCUCGAUGCCGUGCGAUCUCACAUCUUCUGGCACGGCAAGCGCGACGAGGUCACCGGCAGGCUUCGAGCAUCCAUGCUGUUCUGCGUCUAUCAAACCACAAGACACGGCCCCCAGAGCGGAUUCCGCCUUUGUCUUGUCCAUCGGGGCUUCUGUAUUGAGUCCCAGGCGAAGAUUGAGGGGGACCCGGAGGAUGAUAUUGAUCGGCUAGAAGCGUUUAUUCCAGAGGGACACAUGGAAGUGGUUGUUCUAGGUGCUGCCGAUGGCCAAGCUGCUGAUGAGGACUCGGACUGA